UGAAUUUGCAUUGUAAAGUCUGUUAUCUGUUACAAUGGUCGUGGGUAUCCUCAGGGUGAUGCCAUUGCAUUGCCGGACGCUGUUAUUGUGCAACUGGGGGCCAAGUUACUUUGUUUCGACGUUGGUAUUCUUGCGAAUCGUUUUCUCCAAGAUAUUUGACCAGUUAAUCGAAACCGGUGACGAUCCAGCAGCCUGCAUGGGCCGGCGGACGCUGGUCCUGGCGAACCACCAGAGCACAGGAGACGUGCCGCUUCUGAUGACCACGUGGAACCCUCGGCGUGGUGUGCUGUCAAAUCUGAUGUGGAUCAUGGACAGGGUGUUCAAGUUUACCAACUUUGGCAUCGUCAGCGUGCUGCAUGAGGACUUCUUUAUUCAAGCGGGCAAAGACAAGCGAGAUCAGUCCCUGGAUGAGCUAAGAGAGCACAUCCACAGGAGCUACAUCCCGUUGGGACGGCAGUUCAUGGUGCUGUUCCCCGAAGGGGGCUUCUUGCACAAGAGAAGAGAAGUAAGCCAAAGAUUUGCUGAGAAGAACAACUUACCUAAGCUUGAAUACGUGUCAUUGCCGAGAGCUGGUGCUAUGAAGGUGAUCCUGGAGGAGAUGGGACCUCUGAGGGACGAGAAUACUGCUAGCACUUCUAAAGCGGGAGCUAGGAAAGAUGACAAUUGCAACCAAAGCUGCUCCAGGAGCCGGAUUUUAGUAAACAAAGAGAUCGGAGACACCAUUGAGUGGAUUCUGGACGUCACCAUCGCAUACCCUGAUAGAGUACCACUGCUGCUUCAGGACAUCGUCUGCGGGUUCCGAAGUCCUUGCAGGACCUAUAUUCAUUAUAGGCUGUAUCCUUGUACUGAUGUACCAGCAGAUUCAGAAGGCAUGACGAACUGGUUAUACGACAGGUUCGUCGAAAAGGAUAAGAUGCUAGAAGAAUUCUAUCGCACCGGCAAAUUCCCUCCCCACGGUCCCACUCCAAACCUCGAACGGACAGUCAGACAAGACAACGUCCGAUAUCUAAUACUGCAUUCGUUCUUUCUAGCAUCUACUUAUAUACAGCUUAAAAUGUAUUAUUAUUUACUUACCCUUUUUUAUUAGCAUCCUUUUGAGAAUUUACGGGUAGACCAGGCGUGAUGUGAUCAGUGUUUUUGGUUGAUUUGGUUGUGGUGUCUUUUUUAUUUAUUACACAAAAUGCUUUCUUGUACGUUGUGCAUUAUUUUGAACAAACUGAACAGUCUAUGAU